AUGUAUAGAGGUAAAAUUGAACUUGGAGGACAAGACGGGCAAAAUCUUCUCAAUCUUUUAACAGCUGGUGAUGAGCUAAUGUUGGAUGAAUUUUGCAAUUACAUUCAGAAUUUUUUAAUUCAUCAAAAAUUUGAAUGGCUUGAAGAUAAUCUUGUCGAAGUGUUACGUAUUACAGGAAGUUGUAGUUGUUAUAAGAGUUUUAUAUUUUCACUUGGAGAUGGAAAGAAUUUACAGGAAGUUAAAUUGAGUAGAGUUCGUGAUUCGGCAACUUCGAUGUAUGGGCAUACUUCCUAUGGUCCACAUUUCGGAACUGCUGAUUUGAGGAUGUAUUCUCCUUUUAACAAUAAGGAAAAUUGUAGUUGUCAACAGGCGAGUUAUUUUAGAACUGUUACUGAACAUGUUAGGUUUGCAGCUGAGGAAUAUGAGGUUUUUCAGGUUGUUCCGAAACAAUAG